CCCACGCCAUCGCGUGCAGCCAUGUCUAACACCAGCCUCCCUCCCGCGCUUCGAGCCACCGACGAUGACUGGGCGAAGAUGCUCGCCGCCCACGUUCAUCUCGGAACCAAGAACUUGGACAACAAGAUGAUGCCGUACAUCUGGAAGCGCCGCGCUGACGGUCUUUACAUCAUCAACUUGGCCAAGACGUGGGAGAAGCUCAUGCUCGCUGCCCGCAUUGUUGUCGCCAUCGAGAACCCCGCUGAUGUUUGCGUAAUCUCUGCUCGUCCUUAUGGUCAGCGUGCCGUGCUCAAGUUCGGUCAGUACACUGGCGCCAACUACAUGGCUGGUCGCUACACCCCCGGUACCUUCACCAACCAGAUCCAGCAGCAGUUCCAGGAGCCCCGCCUCCUCGUCAUCACCGACCCCCGCACGGACUCGCAGCCCCUCCACGAGUCCUCCUUCGUCAACAUCCCCACUGUUGCCUUCUGCGACACCGACUCUCCUCUCCGCUUCGUCGACGUCGCCGUUCCUGCCAACAACAAGGGCAAGCAGUCCAUCGGCCUCCUCUACUGGCUCCUCGCCCGUGAGGUCCUUCGCCUCCGCAACGUGAUCCAGCGCAACUCGCCGUGGGACAUCAUGGUGGACAUGUUCUUCUACCGCGACCCCGAGGAGGCGGAGAAGGAGGCGGAGAACGAGAAGGAGGCCAUCGAGGCUCCUCCUGCUGAAUUCAAUGCUACGGGCUACGACGCGACUCUGCAGGGAGCUGGCGAGUGGGCUGGUGCUGGUGCGCACGAGUGGGGAGCGCAGGCUGGUGGAGCUGAGUGGGGAGCCGGAGAUGCGGCUGGAGCCCCUAUGUUCACUGCCCAGUGAGUAGGAGAUUCAAAGGUCAAGCUGCGGAUGGCUGUAGAGGGAGAAAGGAGAACCGAGAUGGCAUGUUAGCACAUGUAGCACAAGAUUGAAUGAAGCUGUGUCCUCGUCCUC